AUGGUCAACAUUGUGAUCAUUGGAGCUUCCACGGUGGGUGUUACCGCUGCCCAUGAGUUACUGCGUGAUGCUAGUGCCUUGAAAGCUAAGGUCACUCUGAUCAAUCCCUCAACAAGCUUUUACUGGAAUAUCGCUGCUCCCCGUAUCCUUGCCAAGCCAAACGCUUUCCAUGCCGACCAGUAUCUUCUUCCCAUCAAGGAGGCAUUUGCCCAAUAUGCGGAAAACUCAUUUGAAUUUAUUGCUGGAACUGUGACUGCUAUGGAUAUCUCCUCCAACACUGUAUCCGUAACCUCUAAUGACGGCGACGUCAAAUCGCUGCCAUAUGACUACCUUCUAAUCGGUUCGGGUGCCACCACUCCCUCCACAACCGGUCAAGUCACCGGCACUGAAAUCCCUUUCAAGCACUCGGGGCGCGACGAUAUGAAGGAGCUCAUCGAGGCAGCCCAGAAGCUAACCACCAGUGCCAAGAGCAUCGUUAUCGGUGGUGCAGGCCCGGUCGGAGUGGAACUGGCUGGUGAACUUGCCGAAGCAGUGGCAGAGAACUCUAGCGACGUUUCCAUCACGCUGGUCUCUGCGACAGACCGAGUUCUGCAUACACUCAAGUCAUCUGCCAGUACCGCCGCAGAGAAUAUGCUCAAGAAGAAAAAUGUCAACUUGAUCACCUCUACGCGUGUCCUCGGGGUCGAGGCUUCAGGUGACUCAUGGAUUAUCUCCUUGGACAGUGGUGAUAAGCUCACCACCGAUCUUUACAUCCCCACCACUGGUUCCAUCCCGAACAACAGCUUUAUUCCUGAGUCCUUGCUCGCCACCGAGGGGUGGGUUAGAGUCAACAAGGAAUUGCGCGUGCAGUCAACCGAGAGCUCAGGGGUCUUGCCAAUCUACGCAGCUGGUGACAUCACCACCAACUGGAUGCGUCUUGGAUUCAAGGCGGCCGAACAGGCUCGAGUGGCAGCUCAUAACAUCAAGGUCGAUAUUCUGAACAAGGGUGACCGCAAGUCUUAUGAUCAGGGUGAGAGUAUUACGAUGUUGGUACCUGUUGGCGAGUCCGGUGGUACUGGACAGCUCUUUGGCUUUGUUCCGUGGAGUUUCAUGAUCCGCAUGAUUAAGGGCAAGGACUUUUUCGUGUCCAAGGCGCCAGAGUAUCUGGCUGGUAGGGGUUAG